AUUCGUCUUGAAUAGUUUUGCAAUCUUCUUCCCUGUUAUUUUUACUUUCAAUUUUAGAAGUUAAUUUUUUUAAUGUAAUAAAUUCUAUGGAAUUUUGAAAGUAUUAUCCAUAUUCUCUGUCUGUCUUCUUCUAUGGAUCAUCUAACAUCUUCCACCUAUAGCUUAGUACGAAAAGCAGUGAUGAGUGAUCAUGAAGAAGUUAUCAAAUUCGAGGAAGAAGGUAUUCGAUUACUAAAGGAGAGUUUGGACAAGACUGAAGAUUAUCAAGUUCCUCAUGUGUUUGUAGUUGGUGGUGCAUCGGGAGAUUUGGCCAAGAAGAAAAUUUAUCCGACAUUAUGGGGACUUUAUAAGGAUCAGUUAAUACCUAAACAGACUUUUUUCGUUGGCUAUGCUCGAUCAAAGUUUUCAAUAUUGGAACUUCGUGAGAAAGUUGAACCCUUUUUUAAGGUAGGCCCAAAUGAAAAUGAAGUGUUGGAAGAAUUUUGGAAGAUGAACUCAUACGUGGCUGGUUCGUACGAUAAGGGUCCCGACUUUCAAACAUUAGAUAGCCAUAUACGUGGCUUAAGCUGUAAGGCUCAUAGAAUUAUCUAUCUUGCCUUACCACCUACCGUCUAUCAAAGCAUAACGAAAAACAUACAUGACUAUUGUAUGGCUCCAAAGGAAUGCUGGACUCGUAUCAUCGUAGAAAAACCAUUUGGACAUGAUUCUCAAUCUUCAGCUGAACUAUCUAAGCAUUUAUCUGGCCUAUUUGUGGAAAAUCAGUUAUAUCGUAUUGAUCAUUAUCUUGGUAAAGAGAUGGUUCAAAAUUUGGUCAUACAAAGAUUUGGGAAUAGAAUGUUUGCCCCAUUGUGGAAUAGAGAUAAUAUAGCAUCAGUUGUAAUUUCAUUUAAAGAGCCAUUUGGAACAUUCGGUAGAGGAGGUUACUUCGACACUUUUGGAAUAAUAAGAGACGUGAUGCAGAAUCAUCUACUGCAGAUGCUAUCUCUGAUUGCAAUGGAGAAACCUGUAUCAUUAAACGCUGAAGAUAUACGUAAUGAGAAAGUAAAAGUUCUAAAAUGUAUAAAGCCUAUUGAAAUAACUGAAGUGGUUCUUGGGCAAUAUAUGGGUGAUCCUAAUGGACCUAAUGAAGAUUCAAGAACAGGUUAUUUAGACGAUCCUGGUGUUUCUAAAGAUUCAGUAACGCCAACCUUCGCUACCGCUGUCUUAUUUGUCAAAAAUGAAAGAUGGGACGGAGUUCCAUUUAUACUUCGUUGCGGGAAAGCUUUAAAUGAACGUAAAGCCGAAGUUAGAGUUCAGUUAAAGGAUGUCUCUGGUGAUAUUUUUACUCGAGGUCAAUUAGCAAGAAACGAACUUGUUAUACGUGUACAACCGGACGAAGCUGUCUAUAUGAAGAUAAUGGGAAAGAAGCCGGGUAACUCUUUUGAUUGUGAAGAAACUGAGCUUGAUUUGACUUAUGCAUCACGCUAUGCCGGAGUGAAAUUACCAGAUGCCUAUGAACGUUUAAUUUUAGACGUAUUUUUAGGAUCACAAAUCCAUUUCGUCAGAUCCGACGAAUUAGCCGAAGCUUGGAGAAUAUUUACACCGUUACUCCAUAAAAUUGACAAAGAGAGGAUCAAACCUGUAAAAUACACCUUUGGAUCAAGAGGACCAAAAGAAUCCGACGACCUUCUCAAAAAGUAUAAUUUCACUUAUACAGGAACUUACAAAUGGAAGAAUGAAGCUAAAAUUUAG